AUGAAUGAGGAUAGAGAUGCUUCUGAAAUACUACCAAAUCACGAUUUCAAUCGUAUUUCUGGUUUAAAUUAUCUCUCGAGACAUGAUUAUGGUAUUUACUAUCCUGGUUACGCAAGUGAUGGUCCAGGAGUAUUACGAUUUGGUAAAAGAGGCCAAGAGAAAAAAAAUGUACCUGGAGUGCUGAGAUUUGGCAAAAGGGACGAUGAUAUACCAGGAGUGCUACGAUUUGGCAAACGACCAGUACCUGGCGUAUUACGAUUUGGUUAA